UUACGGAGUUUUCUGCAGGCGACGCGGCGCCACGCGGCCGCCGUCGCCGACCCUAAACUCCAACGGGAAAUAAAUAUAUACGUACACACAGUGGUUGUAUGUUUAUAUUAUUGUCAACAUUAUUAUCAAUAUUAUUAUUAUUAUUAUUAUUAUUAUUAUAAUUCUGUUUCGAUGAUUCUGUAUAGAUCCCUUUAUUCUCGUAUUUUCAUUCGGAUCUGUCUAUGCAGAGAAACAGACCAAACGGCUUCUCCCAAUUUCCCCUCCUCUUUAUAAGCUAAAACUAAUUAAAUAAAUUCUAACUAAAAAAAAUGCUGAUCAACACCACCACCCAUCAUCGCCUUCGUCUCUCCGGCGAAAUGCAGAGCUGUCGGAAUUACAUUCUCGCCUUGGAAGAAGAGCGCCGUAAGAUUCAAGUUUUCCGACGCGAACUUCCUCUCUGUCUCCACCUCGUCACUCAAGCAAUUGAGUCAUGCAGGCAGCAGUUCUCGGCGGAGUACAAUAAUAAUACGACCGGAGCCCAAUCGGAGGAAUUUUCCGACCAGAUGUCCGGCGACGCGCCGGUGUUCGAGGAGUUCAUUCCGAUUAAGAGAUCGGCUUCGUCGCACUCCGACGACGACGGCGACGAGGACGACGAUACUGAUUUCAGCAAUAAAGAUGGGGAAAGCGAUUGGAAUAACGACAAGAAUUCGAAGAAAUCCGACUGGCUUCGAUCCGUCCAGCUCUGGAAUCAGACCUCAGAUCCAUCCUCUAAAGAGGGUUCGCCGAGGAGAGUCGCUGUAAUGGAGGUGAAAAGGAACGCCGGCGGCGCAUUUCAACCAUUUAAGAAGGAUAAAAGUCCUGCCGCCUUCGAAGCUGUGACUCCGCCGGCACCACCGCCAUCCACGGCGGACGCCGCCCAAAAGAAGGAAGAAAAAGAUAACGGACAGUCUCAAAGAAAGACCAGACGGUGUUGGUCGCCGGAGCUGCACCGACGAUUCUUGCAGGCCCUCCAACAACUCGGUGGUUCCCACGUGGCUACGCCAAAACAGAUCAGGGAGCUGAUGAAGGUCGACGGGCUAACAAACGAUGAAGUUAAGAGCCAUUUACAGAAAUACCGCCUCCACACGAGACGGCCUACCCAAACGAACGCCGCCGCCGCCGCCGGCAACAGCGCGCAAACGCCUCAGUUCGUGGUGGUCGGAGGCAUAUGGGUGCCGCCGGAGUACGCGGCAAUGGCCGCGACCGGCGAGGCCUCCGGUGGAACUUCCAAGGGAGUUUACGCGUCAACGGCGGCGCUACCACGACCGGUGUUUCGGGAGGCGUCGGGCUCACCUGAACGGAGGCGGCAUAACUCUGACGGCGCCGGCGCCGGCGGAGGAGGGGGGCGGUCGGAGUCCGCGUCGGAGUCCCCCGCCACGUCAUCCUCCACGGCGGCGGCGGCGGCGGCGGCUAACUGAGCAAUUUUAUUAAAUUUGUAUAAAUGGGUUUUACUGAGAUGGCUCUUGUGACAGUUGUCGAUUUUGUGUCAUUUUCGAUCUUAUUUUACUUUUACAUUUUUUGGA